AUGGUUUACAGCGACAGCGAGGAAUCGUAUAAUUCGUAUGACGACGACGACGGCAGCGAGGAUUACUUCAGCAGCGUGGACGACGAGGGCGGUGAUGAGUGCUCCGACGGCGUGGACGACGACGAGGGCAUGGAUGAGGAUGAGUCCUGCCAAAGCGACGGCUACGUCGGAGGCGACGUCGUCAGCGACGACGACGAGGAUAUCCCGCAGGCCGAGAGAAACGAUAAGGGCUACGUUUUCGAGACCGAGGCCGACGUGCGCAAGCGUCAAGACGAGGUCACGGCGAGUGUUUCCGACCUGCUGUCGAUCCCGUGGGGCUUGGCCGCCGUCUUCCUGCGGCACUGCCGGUGGGACCCCGAGCGGCUGGAGAACGAGUGGUUCUCUGACGAGCGGCGCAUCCGCGAGGCCGUGGGCCUGACGGCGGACCAGGGUGACGCCGCCACGGCUGUCAACGACCGGCUGCUCACCUGCGCCAUAUGCUUCGACGUCCACUCCGCCGGCGAGAUGAUCUCGGCGGGCUGCGCGCACUACUACUGCCGCGAGUGCUGGGGAGGCUACAUCCACGCGGCGGUGGGCGACGGCGCGCGGUGCCUGGUGCUGCGGUGCCCGGACCCGAGCUGCGGCGCGCCCGUGACGCGGGAGCUGUUGCGCGAGGUCGUCGCCGCCGGCGCGGACGACAGGGCGCGGUACGAGACGUUCGUGGUCCGGUCGUACGUGGAGGAAGGCACGAGCAAGUACGUCCGGUGGUGCCCCGGGCCGGGGUGCACGCUCGCGGUGAGGGCCGAGCCCGGGUCGGCGCUGUACGAGGUGGCGUGCGAGUGCAAGCACAUGUUCUGCUUCCGGUGCGGCGAGGAGGCGCACCGGCCGGCGUCGUGCGAGACGGCCCGGGAGUGGAUGGCCAAGAACAGCUCCGACGGGGAGAACGCCAACUGGGUGCUGGCCAACACGAAGCACUGCCCCAGGUGCCGGCGGGCGAUCGAGAAGAACCAGGGGUGCAACCACAUGACGUGCCACGCCCCCUGCCGCCACGAGUUCUGCUGGAUCUGCCUCGGCCCGUGGUCGGAGCACGGCGGCAGCUACUACCAGUGCAACCGCUACGUGGCGCACAAGCCGGAGAACGCCAAGGAGGAGAAGCGGCGGGAGCACGCCAAGGCGUCGCUGGACAGGUACAUGUUCUACUACGAGCGCUGGAUGACGCACGGCUCGUCGAUGAAGAAGGCGCGGCAGGACCUCGACCGCCUGGAGAGCGGAGCGCUGAGGGGUUUCACCGAGGCCAACGGCGUGUCGCAGGCGGAGCUGGGCUGUCUUGAAGAGGGGUUCGCGCUGAUCGUCGAGUCCCGGCGGGUGCUGAGUUGGACGUACCCGUUCGUGUACUACAUGGACCCGGUGCGCGACAGGAAGAAAAUCGAGCUGUGCUUGCACACCCAGAGCGUGGCCGAGGAGUCGGUGGAGAAGCUGCACAAGUGCGUCGAGGAGGAGUGGAACGAACUGAAGGGGACAGCCGCCGCCCCUGGCGCUGAGUUCGACGCGGCCUCUGCCGCUGAGUUCGCCGCAGCGUUUAAGGAGUACUUGUUGAAACUAUCUGUCCUCAACAGCGCAGCGCGAAACCACUUGAAAAAGCUCGUGGAGGGCUUCGAGUCCGGCAUGCCCGAGUUCUUGUGA